AUGGCGUCCAAGUUGACUCAGUUCCAACAUGCUCAAAUGGCGGCGAUUCUCGGCCCCGAUCCAUCCCAUUUCGAAACCCUAAUUUCCCAACUCAUGUCCACCAACAAUGACCAACGUUCUCAAUCCGAAACCCUCUACAAUCUCUGCAAGCAGCAUCAACCCGACGCUCUCUCCCUCAAGCUUGCGCACCUUCUUCAGUCUUCCCCUCACCCUGAAGCUCGAGCUAUGGCGGCGAUUCUCCUUCGAAAGCUCUUAACUCGGGAUGACUCGUUUUUAUGGCCGAAACUCAGUGGUUCAACUCAGAAUACCUUAAAAUCUGUUCUUCUUGCUUGUGUUCCGAGGGAAGAUGCGAAGACGAUUUCGAAGAAGUUGUGUGAUACUAUUUCUGAGCUUGCUGCUGGGAUUAUACCUGAUUAUGGUUGGCCUGAGCUUUUGCCGUUUAUGUUUCAGUGUGUUACUUCGGAUAAUCCGAAGCUUCGAGAAUCUGCGUUGUUGAUUUUUGCGCAAUUGGCGCAGUAUAUUGGGGAAACAUUGGUUCCGCAUUUGGAUACGCUUUAUAAUGUGUUUUUUCAAUGUUUGGGUGGAAAUUCGAGUGCCGAGGUUCGGAUUGCUGCGCUUGGAGCUACGAUUAAUUUCAUACAAUGCUUAACGAGUGCUUCGGAUCGCGAUAGGUUUCAGGAUUUGUUACCUCCGAUGAUGCAGACGUUGACGGAGGCUUUGAAUUGUGGGCAGGAGGCUACUGCUCAGGAGGCGCUUGAGUUGUUGAUUGAUUUGGCCGGGACCGAGCCGAGGUUUUUGAGGAGGCAGUUGGUUGAUGUUGUUGGGGCAAUGUUGCAGAUUGCGGAGGCGGAGACUCUUGAGGAAGGGACGAGGCAUUUGGCGAUUGAGUUUGUGAUUACACUUGCUGAGGCGAGAGAGAGGGCGCCUGGUAUGAUGAGGAAGUUGCCACAGUUUAUUCACAGGUUGUUUGGGAUAUUGAUGAAGAUGUUGCUUGAUAUUGAGGAUGAUCCUGUGUGGCAUACUGCUGAUACCGAGGACGAGGAUGCCGGGGAGUCUAGUAAUUAUAGUGUUGCGCAGGAGUGCUUGGAUAGGUUGUCGAUUUCGUUGGGAGGGAAUACCAUUGUUCCUGUUGCUUCGGAGGUGUUGCCGGCUUAUCUGGCUGCUCCCGAAUGGCAAAAGCAUCAUGCUGCAUUAAUUUGUUUGGCUCAAAUUGCAGAGGGUUGCUCAAAGGUGAUGAUAAAGAACUUAGAGCAAGUGGUGUCAAUGGUGCUAAAUUCUUUUCAAGACCCACAUCCUCGUGUGCGUUGGGCCGCUAUUAAUGCAAUCGGUCAAUUAUCAACGGAUUUGGGGCCAGAUUUGCAAAUGCAAUAUCACAAUCGUGUCUUGCCUGCUUUGGCAUCUUCAAUGGAUGAUUUCCAAAAUCCUCGUGUCCAGGCACAUGCUGCUUCAGCUGUGUUGAACUUCAGUGAAAAUUGCACUCCAGAGAUCUUGACACCAUAUUUAGAUGGUAUUGUGAGCAAAUUGCUCGUCCUUUUGCAGAAUGGAAAGCAAAUGGUUCAGGAAGGGGCUUUGACUGCAUUAGCAUCAGUUGCUGAUUCAUCACAGGAGCUUUUCCAGAAGUAUUAUGAUGCCGUUAUGCCAUACCUUAAGGCUAUACUGGUCAAUGCAACUGACAAGUCCAAUCGUAUGCUACGUGCAAAGUCAAUGGAAUGUAUAAGCUUGGUUGGAAUGGCUGUUGGGAAAGAGAAGUUUAGAGAUGAUGCUAAGCAGGUCAUGGACGUUCUGAUGCAGUUACAAGGAUCACAAAUGGAAGCUGAUGAUCCAACAACUAGUUAUAUGCUUCAGGCAUGGGCAAGACUCUGCAAAUGUCUGGGGCAAGAUUUCCUUCCUUAUAUGAGUGUUGUUAUGCCUCCAUUGCUUCACUCUGCUCAACUUAAGCCUGAUGUGACAAUCACAUCAGCAGAUUCAGAUGCUGAUAUUGAUGAAUCUGAUGACGAGAGCAUUGAGACCAUCACCCUCGGGGACAAAAGGAUUGGAAUCAAGACCAGUGUUCUUGAGGAGAAAGCUACGGCUUGUAACAUGUUGUGUUGCUAUGCUGACGAGCUAAAAGAAGGCUUCUUUCCGUGGAUUGACCAGGUUGCUCCUACAUUGGUUCCCCUUCUUAAAUUUUAUUUCCACGAGGAAGUUAGAAAGGCAGCAGUGUCAGCCAUGCCAGAGUUGCUGCGCUCUGCUAAGUUAGCUGUGGAGAAGGGGUUGGCCCAAGGUCGGAACGAGUCUUAUGUUAAGCAAUUGUCUGAUUAUAUUAUACCUGCUUUGGUAGAGGCUUUACACAAGGAACCUGAAGUGGAGAUCUGUUCAAACAUGCUUGAUGCGCUUAAUGAGUGCAUUCAGGUAUCUGGAACACUUCUGGAUGAAAGCCAAGUAAGAAUUAUAGUAGAUGAGAUAAAGCAGGUUAUUACAGCGAGCGCCUCCAGAAAGGCAGAGAGAGCAGAAAGGAUUAAAGCUGAGGAUUUUGAUGCUGAAGAAGGAGAAAUUCUUACAGAAGAAAAUGAGCAAGAAGAAGAACUUUUUGAUCAGAUUGGUGAUUGCUUAGGCACUUUAAUCAAGACGUUCAAGGCAUCUUUCUUGCCCUUCUUUGAUGAGCUCUCGUCAUACUUGACACCUAUGUGGGGAAAGGAUAAAACGACAGAAGAAAGAAGAAUCGCCAUUUGUAUCUUUGAUGAUGUUGUGGAGCAUUGUCGUGAAGCAGCACUUAGAUACUAUGAUACCUUCCUUCCUUUCCUUUUGGAAGCUUGCAAUGAUGACAACUCAGAUGUUCGGCAGGCGGCUGUUUAUGGUCUUGGUGUUUGUGCCGAGUUUGGUGGAUCUGUGUUCAAGCCUCUUGUUAGAGAGGCUCUUUCAAGAUUGGAUGCUGUGAUAAGGCAUCCCAAUGCUACACGUGCAGAGAAUGUGAUGGCAUAUGACAAUGCUGUUUCAGCUCUUGGGAAGAUAUGCCAAUUUCAUCGUGAUAGUAUAGAUGCUGCUCAGGUUGUUCCUAUGUGGUUAAAUUGCUUGCCAAUUAAAGGAGAUCUAAUUGAAGCCAAGGUUGUACAUGAUCAACUUUGUUCCAUGGUUGAGAGGUCUGAUGGAGAUUUGUUAGGACCGAACAAUCAGUACUUGUCCAAAAUAGUAGCAGUAUUUGCUGAGGUCUUGUGUGCGGGUAAAGAUCUUGCAACAGAGCAAACUGCAAGCCGAAUGGUCAAUUUAUUGAGGCAACUUCAACAAACUCUACCGCCUUCGACUCUUGCAUCGACCUGGUCAUCCCUUCAACCUCAGCAGGUGUUGGCCUUGCAGUCAAUUCUCUCCCAAUAGUUUCAGGCGUCUUCAUUUCAUCUUUAUGUGAAAGCCCGCUCAACAUGUGAGCAGGUCUAUUGUCUUCUAUUUCAUUAUUCUUUUUUCAUAGCAUAUAUAAUAUCCUCGAUCGUAAAUUUUGCUGGUGGCAUGUAGUUGGUCAAUGUGUUGUCUUGGUUGGGGAAGAUCAGAUAUCAAUGUACAAUGUGUAUAUUAUGAGCUGUCUGUAAUCAGUUAUCUUGCUGUGAUCUUAAGUUAUAACAGAUGAAAAGGAAAUAGAAGAGUGUGAGGUCAUAUAUUUGUUGUCUAAUAGCGUUCAAUUUCAUGACAAUUUGAAAAAAAAAUUUGUGAAUCAAUUUUGUAGCAAUUUUGGUGU